UACACGCAGUCUCCCAUCCUGCCGGGAGCGGGGGGAGAGGAGGAGUGGGAAAAGGAAGGCGACGAUAUUCUUCGGAGUUCCGCAACGAUGCGAGCAUGCGCGUAAGGGCCUGUUUUCUUCAGCCAGCAUCAUCUUCCUGCAUCCAGGAAGUAAAUGAGACGUCAGGGUCGAUGGCAGCAAACGCCCAGGCCCGGGAAAGGGGGAGGGGAAGGGGAAGGCGAAGGCAGGCAGGCGAGCUGAGACCAGGGGAAGAGACGUCGUUCAUUGUUUUGUUUCCUCAGAGACGGGCAAUGAGUGAGUCCAAACACGACUGGACAGCCGCCUCUCCCACUGCAGCCGGACCCAAAGGCGGCGGCGGAGACGGAGGCUGCCCUUCGAGCUAAGCCUCUCCGCCCCUCGAUGCCCAUCGCGGAUUCCGCCUCCUCCUGCUGCUCUGCUGUCACCGCCGCCGGCGCCUUGGAAGGCUGCGGGGCUCGAGGAGGGCCGGCCUUGCCGCCGCUGGUGCUGCUCUUGAAGGAGGAGAGGCGGGCGAGCAGGAUGGUGCGCCAGGCGCGGCUCUGAACGAUGGAAGGCGUCCUGUACAAGUGGACGAAUUACCUCACAGGUUGGAAGCCUCGCUGGUUUGUUCUGGAUAACGGGAUAUUAUCCUAUUACGAUUCACAGGAUGAUGUUGGUAAAGGCAGCAAAGGAAGUAUAAAAAUGGCCGUUUGUGAAAUCAAAGUUCAUCCUACAGAUAGCACCAGAAUGGAGCUAAUAAUUCCAGGAGAACAACAUUUUUACAUGAAAGCUGUUAACGCUGCUGAACGACAGAGGUGGCUAGUAACCCUUGGGAGCUCCAAAGCUUGUCUGACAGAUGCCAGAACUAAAAAAGAAAAAGAAAUAAAUGAAACCAACGAAUCUCUAAAAACCAAAAUGUCUGAACUGCGUCUCUAUUGUGACCUCUUGAUGCAGCAGGUCCAUACAAUACAAGAAUAUGUUCAUCAUGAUGAGAAUCAUUCCUCACCUAGCAUUGAGAAUAUGAAUGAAGCUUCUUCCUUGCUCAGUGCCACCUGUGACACGUUUAUCACGACACUUGAAGAAUGUGUGAAAAUUGCAAAUGCCAAAUUUAAGCCAGAGAUGUUUCCGUUGCCUCAUCCUGAUCCUUUAGUUUCUCCUGUGUCUCCUUCACCUGUGCAAAUGAUGAAACGUUCUGUUAGCCAUCCUGGAACUUGUACCCUUGAGAGGAGCAGUCGCUUUGGAAAAGAACCAAAUGUGUCUUCCCAUCAGCUUUCCCACCGGUGGAGAAGAACAGUCUCAGAUACAGAACCUUCCAUAGAUGUUCCCUUUGACGAUACAGACAGACUAGCAACAUUCAAUUCUAAAGGAGCCCUCAAUGGAGAUUUGGCACCACCGGCUGUUCCUGAAGCAAAGCUGUUGCUGUCUCAGAAAGCCGGAGUAGCCGAAGAGACUCUUUCUGAGCCAAUCUCCUGAGGAAAGAGAAGACCCCACUUCCUCUGAGUAACGCUAUGCAAAAGCUGCUGUAAUUCUGCUCUUAUCGUGGGGGAGUAGUAGUCCCCCAUGUGAAGGUUCUCUCUGCACUUUAUAGAAUAAGGUAAAAACUAUCUUGGACGUGUAUUUUAUCUUUAUAUAGUUGACUUGCAAAAGUAUUUUCCUAAAAAGAAAAUUUCAGUUUGGGUAUUUUUUAAUAGAUAGGUGGAUGCAUCUUUGUAAAUACUGCUCUUCUUUUUACUGGGUGUGAUAGUCAGACCAGCCUUGAGAAACAGGUUUCAGAUCUAGAAUAGGGAAAACCUUGUGCCCUGGACUGAUCUGCUGAAUUUCAUCUCAGAGUUGCUUUACCAGCAAUGCAUUCCUCUGAGGACAGUCUCUUUCCCAUUAAUGUCAGUGGCAAUCCAUCAUAUUGUAAUGGCACUUUUUAUUUCAGGACAAAUUGGUGGUGGUGUUUGUGAAAAGAAAGAGGUGGUUCCUAAAAGGUAUCUCGUAAGUAAUCUCUUGCCCACCACUGUCUUUUUUAUUUUAGAGAUAACCGUCUAGAUUCUUAAAGUAUAUCUGAAAUUCCAUUGAACAAGGUAGAAGGUCAAUGAAUCAGAGGGAAUAUUUCAGCCAAAAUUAAACACUGAGUUCCACCAGUGCUAUCAAGCGAAACGGAUAUGCAGAGAUUUGCUAAUGCUUAAUUUUAGUUAGACCUUACCUGAUCAAUUAAAUCCCAGCCUAAUCGUUCAAAGCAUCUGCCUUUUCUUCUUUCACUUGCACCCAAAAAUAUAGCCAAUCAGAAAUAUGUCAUGGAUGUGCAGUAUUUUUCUAAGCACGCAUAUAAAAUAUGUGAUUGUGAGGCAUUAUGCUAUACACUGGUUAAAGAUAUUUUAACAUUUUAAAAGAUACGUAUUCCUUUUUGCACUAUUAAAUGCCUAUUUAUUGUUACUGUGAUGAAGAGAUAAGAAGAGGGGCUUAAUUCUUGCUGAGGAGAUUUUUCUCACUAAAUAUGCCUUGUGGCAGUGUUUGCUUGUUUGUUUUUUCAAGUUAAUUGGGCAGAAUUCAUCCAGUGUUGGGGUUUACAGCCUCAAGUAAAGGCAUAUUUUAAUCUUCUUGUGUUAAACAAUGCUUCCUUUGCCUGGACUGACAACCCCCCCCCCAACUUUUCUUUUUUAGUUCCAGGCAAAAAUAAUAUUCAGAGUGUCUUUUCACCAAAGUUUUUUUUUUAAUUUAAUGCUGCUUUAUAAAAUCUGUUCUUCAGCUGCUGUUGUAAUGUAUUCGUGUUUGCAGCAGAACAUGUAUGUCAAUGAUCCUUUAUACCAGUGUUUCCCAAACUUGACAAUUUUAAGGCAUGUGGACUUCAACUCCCAGAAUUCCACAGCCAGCAUUGCUGGCUGUGGAAUUCUGGGAGUUGAAGUCCACAUGCCUUAAAAUUGUCAAGUUUGGGAAACACUGCUUUAUACCAAAGGGAGGGUGGCUUUCGCCGUGGUGGGCAGAAAAAUACAGCAAGAUCCUCUCUUCUGUUUGCACUCCCUGCAACUUGCUUCUGUCGAUGCUGGGAGGCCAAGUUCUAACUAAAGCACGGAGCAGCCAUCUAUGGCAGGGGUCCCCAACCUUGGCAACAUUAAGACCUGUGGGCUUCAACUACCAGAAUUCUUCAGCCAGCAUGGCUGCGUUGAAGUCCACAAGUCUUAAAAGUUGCCAAGAUUGGGGACCCCUGAUCUAUGGUACGUCAUGGGCCCGGUUGGUCCAAAAUCGCUCUGGCAGUGCCACUCUGUUUCUGCCACAGCAAAGAGGAAAGAUGGGACUUGAAGUUCAGCAAUGUUUGCACAGACAUGUCAGAGGGGUUGCGUCCAAAGUUGUCAAGUGUUUUGAAAUGUAUGUUCUUGUUUUUUAUUCACUUUGGAAUAGAUUUAGUUAAUAAUGUAUUGACCAUGGAACACUUUUUUUAAAAAAUAAAUAAAUAAAAUUUUUUUCCAAAAAAAAAA